CCAUUGAUUUUACUCUCUCUUGUCACCCCGUGUAGCCCCUCGACUAUUCUAUUUCUACAUCAUGCAGUGCCCGACUACUCUUCACCGCAGAAACAACCGACACCACCACCACCACUAACACCACCAACACCAACACCAACACCACCACCACUACCAAACACCAUCGCAACCACAACACCAACACCAGUAGCACUACGAUUAGUAAAUAAUGCCAACACUUUCACCGCUGCGAUCGAAAAUGUGGAGAAAACAUCGUGAGUGGACUUAGUUAAACGCGGCUUGUCGUUACCGUAGACUUCCCGUGGCUCUGAAAUUGAUCGGCGGCCGGCGGGUGCGGCGAGCGCUAAAACGGCGAGUGUGUGUGUGUGAGCUGAUCAGUCCACCUUGGCCGGGUGACGGGUACGGGUCGGGUCUGGGUGCGCUCGCCGCUGGUGUGUGUAUGUGUGUGUGUAUGUGUUCCGUGUGUCGUCCCGUCAUGGCGCAAUCCAUUGCUGCUGCUACUAGUGCUGCCCGCCCCACACCUCCGCUACAGCCACCACCACCAUACCAACGACCACAACAACAAUACCCACGCCGCCAUCACCCCACGCAAGACUCCGCCAGUAAAGCAUUGUAGUCAAGUUGGGCAAACUGCAAAAUCCAUUCCGGCGGGAACUUUAAGAAAAAAAAAUAAGGAAAGUGAGACAAGAGAGAAGUGUCGGCCGAAACAUCCACGUGAAACUGGAACACCUGAGGAAGGGAAACAAACGGUGUGGGGACUACAAUAAACAAGUGAAUGUGACCCGUGGCAGCUAACGAAGGGACCUGUGUUCACCUGACAUGUGGCGGACUUGUACUAACGAAGACCUGAACUUAAAUUGAAAGUAAGUCGUACUAAAAAACAUUAAUAAUAACAAGAGAGGAAAUAAGCGCGUGAUCUGUUCGCUCCCUCCUCGCUCAUUCGCUCGCUCACUCGCUCGCUCGCCGAUCAAUCCGCCGUAACGCUACAAAUAAUCAUAACAAAUCAAGCGAAAACGGAAUCUUUAACCACCAAUAUUUGCUCCAGGAAAUGUGAUACGCCGCGUAAAGAAUAAAUAUUAGCAAACCCGGUUCACUUUUUUCUACCGUCUAUAAGUGAUUUUUUUUUCCACCGAACGUUCGUGCGUGUGUUGCGUGUGUUUGUUACGUGUCCCUUCAUACACCGUGCUGUAGGGAAAGUCCGUGCACCAUCCCUAUAGUAAAGUAGUAUAGUGAGGGUUGGUUGAUAGUGAAGUGCAUAGUGAUGAGUGGCUCGCGCGAUGCUGCAGUGAACGAGUAACGAAGUCCCAGGAUGCUGCUCCGACUUCCUCCCUCCUCUCGCCUCACCUGACCUGCCUCCUCCUCCAUGUUCCCCUUCUUAAUCCCACACAUGGUGUCGCCGGGCGUCAGAAUGGCCAUGUCUCCGCAACAGUUCUGCCUCCGCUGGAACAACCACCAGUCCAACAUCAUCUCGGUGUUCGAGCAACUCCUCCAAAGUGAAUCUUUCGUCGACGUCACGCUGGCGGUCGAGGGCAUGACGCUAAAGGCCCACAAGGUUGUCCUCUCCGCCUGCAGCCCCUACUUCCAGGCGGUGUUGGCGUCACACCCUGACAAGCACCCCAUCGUGAUCCUGAAAGACGUGCGCUACACCGACAUGCGGGACCUGCUGGACUUCAUGUACCGCGGUGAGGUGUCCGUCGACCAGGACAACCUUUCGGGCUUCCUGCGGGUGGCGGAAUCCCUCAGGAUCAAGGGCCUCACGGAAGUCAACGAGAAGAAGCGCCUUGAGAGCACCUCGUCGACUUCUUCCGCCUACCUGGUGCCUCAGGCCAUGACCGGCGCCGCCCCGCCCAGCGUAGCCCCGGGCGUGGUCCCAAUGGCGCCGCUCACGCCACUGGCCGGGGAUCCACCGCCCCUAAAACGACCGCCCCUUUCGCCUUCCGCCACGUACGGUGCCAAGAGAAGGCGAGGCCGACCCCCGAAGAUCUCCGGGGAGGAGUCAGAAGGGGAGGUCGGGUCAGUGGCCGGGUCAGUGUCAGCGGCGGAGGGGGAGGACAACAAGAGUGAGGCAGAGGUCAAGGUGGAGGUGGAGGAGGUGAAGGAGUCCUUCGAACCUGACGACCUCAGCACCAAGGAGCCCGACACCAAGAGCGUGGAGUCGAACCCGGGACCCUCCGGGGAAAGUCAGGGCAAAGAAGUGACGAGAUUGCCCUCAGACGACCAAGAGAACACGAGGGAGUCGCCCGGGUCAGAGGUGUGUUGUGUGCCGGACAUCUGGACGGCCGAGGGAGGGGUGGUGAGAGGGUCCACGCCUAUCAAGCAGGAGAGACCCACGCCCACUCCGACGCCUGGCACGCCCACCACCACGCCAGCAGUCACGCCUGCCACCACGCCCACGCCGCUGCUCACCACGCCCAGCCUCCCCUCCAUACUCGCGCCCAUUCAACAAGUGCCCCUCGACCUGGUGAUAGACUCCUGUGAUGGUAACGAGCUGGAGCAAAACGUUACCCUUGACUACGUGCUGAACAGUAACGGAACGGCGACGUGCAAGUUGUGCGGGGAGCUGCUGCCGUCGCGAAACCACUGGUACCGCCACAAGUACAAGACGCACGCCACGGCCCUCUACCGCUGCGACGAUUGCGGCGUGGUGUACAAGAGUAAGAAGGGAUACGAGACACAUAUGGAAGUCAAACACGCAAAGGUGAAGCCAUCGUGCGGGGAGCGGCCAAGGAAGAGAGAUUGGCAGACGGUGAACAAGUCGAUGGAGGAAGCCAAGAGACAGCAAGAGGAGGCAAUGGUGAGCGCCAUCAUCGCCAGAGUGAAGCUGGAGUGUGCUAUGGAAGGCGAGGACUGCUCCAGACGAGGCUACCAGAAGCACUGAAACAAACCCACCACCACCACCACCAUCACCACAACCACCACCACCACUCCGACCAAUGUAAGCUGAAGGGAGAAGCGGAGAAGCAAGAGUACAACGAGGAGGAGGAAAACGAGGGGUGUGAAGAAGCUCAGUAUACGUGAUAUGAAAAGACAUGGAAGGAAAACUGCGCAUCUUCAAAAAUAGGAAGAAAGAUAGGAAGGAAAUAAAGGAAGUGAAUAAGAUCAAAGAAUUAACAGCUUCUCCAGUACCACAUUUAGUCGUAAAAAUAUAAUAAAUGGUAGUGAGAUACGGAAGUUGAAGACAGGAGUUCGUCUCAUUAUGAAGAAAAGUAAGAAAUGAUGAAGAUGAAAUUAACUUAUGGUGUUUGCGCAUAGGAAAUAUAAAUAAAUGAAUGCAUAAGAAAAAUUAAGAAAAAGCAUAAAAGAAGGAUGUGUGCAAAUGAAAGGUGAAAAUUAUGGCAAUAGUGUCAGAAAGAGAAGAAAGAAAGAAGAGAUGGUAGCGAAAAGGAGUGAAUGACUAGAGAAGAUGAAAAAUGAAUAAAUGAAAUCAUGAAUACGAAAAUUAAACAAAAAAAAAACAAUUAUGUACAAUAAAAUGAAAACGUGUAAGUGAGAUAAUCGGAAAUGAAAGAGGAGAAGAAGCAGGAGGAAGAGAAGGAGGAUAUAAAUAUAGGAAAAGGAGAGGGAGAAGUAGGAGGAAAAGGAAAAAGAAGAAGAGGAGGAGGAGGAGGAGAAAGAAGAAAAGGACCACAGCGCGGAGUGAUAAACCAGAGGCCGACAAAUCAUAAUAUAGUGUACAUAAUGAAGUAGCGAUAAGUGUGUGUGUGUGUGUGUGUGUGUGUGUGUGUGUGUGUGUGUGUGUGUGUGUGUGUGUGUGAUGGCCGGGGUGUAGGAAGAGGAACGUAGGAGAGACACAAGUGGUGAUAUAAAACUGUGUAUAAUGAACAAUACAAAGUGGAGAUGGAAGUACUGUACACAAUGCUCGAGUACUUCAUGGCAACAGGUGGCACGAGAAGAUAACAAAACAACAAACACAACAGGAAACAAUCAGCACAAGGAAUGGAAACAAAAACAACAACCAAGGGAACAAAACAAAGGUGCAGAACAAAUAAAGAAAACAGCAAAACGGAGCCUUUUUUCAACUCAAAGUAGAAAUAAUUAAUACGUGAGGUGGUGCUUUUCCUUUUAACAACAGUAAUAACAAGGACAGUAAUGAUAAUAAUAAUAAUAACAAAAUAAUAAUAGUAAUAAUAAUAAUAAUAAUAAUAAUAAUAAUAAUAAUAAUAAUAAUAAUAAUCUUAAAAAUCAAUCAAUAACACACAAUAACAAAACUAAUCAGUAAGGAUUGUCUUUCUCAAUCUCACAAGGAAGACGAGAGACACCACACAGCGAGACAGAGCGAGAAAGAACAGCCUAAGCCCAAGCCAUAGCCGAACACCUGCAUAAUGAACUCCGAAUAGAAGAAAUCAACAAAGGAAAAGCAAGGAAAGAGAAAGACUGAAAAAAUCAAGCACCUCAUAGUUAGAGGACAGUUAUCUGGUGGAAGCUUGAGUGAUCGCGUGAAUGAAGCAAGGAGGAAGAAGAGCAACAGACUUAAACAACGAAUAGCAAGGUGAGUUACAACGUGGCAUCAUCCCUUGCCCUCCCUCCCACACCCGCCGAGAGACGAUAAGAGGGAGGAGGGUGGGGAGGCGACACUGCGCAGCCCGCCCUCUACAGGAUUCCUCCCGCGCACACCACCACACCAGCAUACGCCGAUGCAUCAAGACAACAACAAUAUCAACUCCACAGAAACCAUAAGAAUGAUCUCCGUUCACUGCCGCCCUGACGAACACUGCAGUGACGUGCGGACCAAGCCUGACCCAUCACAGAGGGGCACACGAUGCCGUCUGCUCACGUCACGGCAGCAGUGGUUUGUUACUCGGCGACUCCCACAACACCAAAGCAGGACAACAACAGUGUCAGUAUAUUCACCACAGGGCUUUUUGUUUCCUCUCUCCAAAUCCUCAGGGCUUUCCUCUCUGUCCUGUCCUAUCCUGACGAAAGAUGAAGCGAUAGAGACACACGUCGAGAGGCAGCGCACGGUACAAGGCAGCCAACUGAGCAGUAUUUCCUCAAGUAUCACUCCAGCGCGUGGGCUCAACCCCAGGUGUUUGUACUAAUUACCGGUAACCUGUUUAGCGAUAAGGGAACUGCCCCGCCGCCAUAAUAAUACCUCAGACACUAGUGAAAGACUCGCAGUGGCGUAAGUAGUGUAGGUUGGGGCGCCACACCUUGAGGCGCGCCCAAACUCUGCCAGCUCCGGACCAGCUGCUGCCGCGAUGCUGGCACGUGUGUGUGUCUGUGUGUGUGCUCGCGUGUCGCACCCAGCCUGCCCGGAGUCCAAAGAGGCUCACAGUGGGCGCGAAAGAAGGGCGGUGUAGCUGAACUAAAGGUGGCAGCAGCAACAGUAACAGCAGGCUGGCAGGGUGACGCUGAAAGGGCGCCCCGACCCUGACGAACCGACAAACUGUAGCUCUACUAAACAUUAUAUAAACUCUGGUGCUCCUCAUGUCCAAUUUCUUAUUAACGACUACCCCGUUUACUAUACAAAACAUGGUCAAACCUUUUUCUCGGUAGAAUAGAAGAAAUUUCCAGGUUUUUCAUCAUCCAUUUUAGGUGAUAACAUAUAUAUAUUUUUCCCGCUUGCUGUGACUGUGUGUUCAAGAAUAUUGUGCGUUUCUUCAUCUCGAUGUGUUAAAAGAUCAUUGUCAUGGCAAAACAAACCCCUUUCGGGAGAUUCUCUUAUCGAAUAACAUUUAUUUAGGGUUAAGAUGAUCCACGUGACUCGAGUGGUCGGUCUUUGGUUUCCUUCUCGUCCCCGGGUGGCCGUGCCCGGGUGCAGUUUGUACAUCAACGAAUUCUCAUUAACAUUUUGUAUUCUCGCGAGUAUACAUAUAUACACAUAGGUUUUUUGCCCCAUUUAUAAUAGCUAUCAACAUUAUUAACUUUUAAACAACUUUUUGGCUUCACGACUAACUUUGAAAGGUUACAUAUAAAUAAUACUAAUGCUAAUGAUAGUAAUAAUAUAAUUAUUAUUAAUGGUAAGUGGCGGUGGGCGGUGCGUGUCUAUCUGUGAUGAGCGCCCUCCGCGGACUGCGAGUGAUAGUGAUCUCAAUACCAAAGACGCCCUAAAAUUAUCCUUUUUUAUCAUUAUAUAUUAUACAAACGAUUAUUGCAGAGUGUAUAUACUACGUUAUCAUAGGUAUUGAUAGAGAGUACCAAGCCCUCAGUUCAAAGGUGAAGGUUCAAAUUACGUUGGUAUAUUUGUUUUAGCUUCUAAUGAGAAUAGUUUUUUAUAUAUGUAUAUUAUAUAAUAUUAUGACUACGAGUUGCGACCCUAUGUAAGUUUUCUCUUGAUUCUGCUGUUUAUGCUUCACACACACACACACACACACACACACACACACACACACACACACACACAGAAAAAUGCGCCCGCGCGCACAUGAGGAUGGAGCUGGCUUUACCUUACUACUAUAAAAAUAUUAAUACUGUUACUAUUGCUGCCAAUAAUAAUGUAUAGCAAAGAUACUGUUAAUAAUAUCUCUUCCUCUCAUACCUUUAUCAUUUGAUUACUAUUACUACUACUAUUACUACUGCUACUACUACUACUACUACUACUACUACUACUACUACUACUACUACUACUACUACUACUACUACUACUACUACUACUACUACUACCUCAAGCACUGUUAAUUCCAGCACACUCACCACGGCUACUACCACCAACACCUACACCCUGUCUCGCUGAGCAACAGGUCUACACACACACACACACACACACACACACACACACACACACACACACACACACACACACACACACACACACACACACAAACAAACAAACACAC